UUAAUUGCAGUCAUAUUACAGAAAAGACCCAAAAGCUCUUGCUUUGGGAGAGAAACUCCUGGUAGAUGCCCAUGAGCAAAGGAACUGGCAGAGCCUGUGAACCUCUCCAAGUAUGAACUCUGUAUUUGGGACAGUUCCCACACUCUGGGAAGGCAGGGAAUUUCCUGCAGGUGCAGAGGUGAUGGUACCACAGGGCAGGUCAGUGUCCUUCACACUGCAAAGGGGACAGGAGGUCCUUGUUUUCUCUUUCAUCUCUUUUGAUAAUUUCUGUAGAGACUAGUAAAGAGUUGAAGGUGAAAACAGAGCUGGUUAUCAUAUGUCAACAACUCCAGACUGUCAAUUGGGGCUCUUCAGAGAAGAAUACAAACAGCUCCUAGGAUUGGUCCAGAGUGCUUCCUUCAAUCUGGUAAUUUCUGCUUCCUCCCAUCAAGCAGGAGAGCUCUGGGAUUGCUGGGAUUUGGCUGCUCUCCUGCCUUUUACAGGAAAGAGGAGGAGGAUGCAUUUUCCCCAUAUCUCUGAUGUCUCUCUGUUGAGCUGUACUGCUGAACUCAAGGGUUCCAGAGUUUUGCAGGAGCAGCCUGUGGAUGAAGCUGACUCAUUUGCAGGCUCUCUUGCACUUGGCAUCUGCUCUCCAAAAGUCAUGGUUUACAGUCUGUGCUGAUACCCAAGAGCAAGCAGAAUUUUAUUUGCCCUCCUUUGGCUGAGUCAGGGAAAUGAGAGCUGGUGUAAUAUCAGACCACUGGUCUUGUUUUAUCACCAGCAGCACCAGAUGCUUUGUAGGAAGAGGUGAAGGGUGAAUUACUUGUUUUUUCUGUAACAAAGGUGAAUACAGAGAUUAUUUAUAAAUCCUUUGGACCCUUUCUUUCUAGAGGUCUCUUAAUACAUUCUCUCAGAUCAGAUUCAUACACUUGCUGCUGGCUGUAGGCAGGAGGGAGACCAGCCUUAUGUGAUUUCCAGCAUGAUGCUGCUGAUAAGGAACAUAUCUUGUGUCUGCCUCCUUUACUCCACUCCUGACCCCCUGUCUUGGUUUUGGAACACCCCCAGUGCUUCCAACAGGCUGCUUGCUAUGUUUUAUCUCACACCUUUCACUUCUGCCACUGUUGAAGUGAUACAGAAAUGCUGAAGCACAUGUGAAUGUCAGACCAGAAUUUGAGGAGCUCAGACUUGAUGGCAGCUGAGAAUUUUGCUUUAAUGCAUUUGAAGAAAUUUUGUGAGUUAGUGCUUUGAGAGGAGUCAGUGACUCUGGGUUAUGAGCAUGAGAUAUCCUUCUUAACCUCUAAUUUCAGUGCUGCUCAUGCUUUCAUUUGAAAAUGCGAAUGCUUGAAACCUCUGAGAGCAAGCUGUGUUCACAGUGUGAAAUACAGCAGUAUUUUCUCAGUAUUUUCAAGCAUGUGGCUUUGUAAUGAUAUCUUUUACUGCUCUUGGAUGCACUUUCAUUCUCAUGUUUGGGGGUAGGGAGGAAGCCAAGCCACAAAACCUUCAGCUUUGUGCCUUCUUGCAUUUAGUGUAAAAGUCAGGUUCUCAAAAGUCAGUGAACCCCUUUGGCAAUUCAGGUCUUGAAAAUAUUGACACAGUAAGCCCAGAGAGCCUGAUCUGUGUAGUGCUUUGCCAAGACAUGACAGUGUAAGAUAUUUCCCUUUUCACUGGCAAUGCAGUGUUUGCAAGUACCUGUUUGAAGGCCAGCUGAGGAGAGCAGGAGACUGUUUCAGCUGGACACUUUGGAUGCUGAUUGAAUUUUCUCAAUCUGAAUUUCGUAGUAUUUCUUCCCCUCUCCAGUCUCUUUUUUGUUGUUUAUUUUUCCCAGUGCUGAGCCUGCUUGGCUCCCAGUGCCCCCUGAGAUGGUGCUGGAGGGAAGAGCUCUUGUGCAACCAGAUCAACAGCUGCUCCCUGCCUGCUCCAGCCCUUCGUGGGCAGGGAUUUUAGGGAUGGGUUCUGCUGACACUGGAGAUUAUUUGGCUUGAGGGAGAUGUGAGUGUGGCUGGCCCCAUUAAGAGUUUAACAAACAGCCUGAGGGUUCCUCCUUACCCUCACCCUGGUGAGCUGUGACUGGGACUUCUCCAGUCACCUUUUCAACCAGCAAGUGGCUGUGGGUGGCUGCACUGGCUUUUACUGCUCUUCCUGGAGCAUUCAUCCUUCCCUUGCUUUAGGGAGAGUUUUUUCUACCUUUUAUUUUAUAGAGCCUGUGUUUAUAAAAGCCUUUCUUCAGAGCUUUCUUUCAUGUCCUCGUUUAUCUACAUGCUUUGCCCAAGAGUUUUCUAGCAAUAAAAGGUAGUUCAGUUUAGCACUUGUCCUCCCUCCUCCUCAAGCAGCCUCACAGCCUUGAUGUGAGUUGCCCAAGAGCUUGGUGAGGAGGGAUGUCUGAACAGAGCCUGUGGGAGUUCACACAACCCUCCCUCUGCUGAAAAGCAGUGGGGAGAAAAGGGUCAGGUCAUGUCUCUUGGAACAGUACUCCCCCUACGGUAAAAUCUAGUUUUUUGUUCUCUGGACACUGCCUUUCACUCCAUGUAGGUGGUAACUCCAUGCUCAGGCUUGCUUCUUGUGGGCAGGAAAGCAAAUUAUUUGUGGCAGUAACACCAAGUCUUUGCAGAAUAUUGAUCCUGUAGUAGAUGGGUGUUUAGGCUGAGCUAUUUUUUCUCUUUAAGGCAGAGAUUUCCCUGUUAUACACUGAAUUAUACUGUGCUAUACAUCCCACAAGUGUCCCUUAGCCCUGUCCCUCCUGGGUUCUCUCCUGAUGUUGGAAUGGAGGAGCUGAAGUCGUGGAGGAAGGCAGAGAGGGAAUGAGGAGGGACAGAGAACAUGGGGAGCUGCCUGGGUGGUGGGAGGUGGCUGCUGGAGCAGGGAGAGGCUUGUAGGAGAUGGAGAGAAAAGCCAGGCUAGGAACCGCAGCACUCAGAUGGUCAGGAGCUGUGGUUUGAGGGAAGAUUGCUGCAUUUCCACCGAUGAUCAGACCUCAGGGAAAGCCUCAAUGAUUUUUAAGUUAUUUUCCCUAUUGCUCUGACCAUGUCUUCUCAUUGCUGCUUCUCUUGACUCAUUGGCCUCCCCCCUUGGCCCCCAGCACAACAUCUCCUGCCUGGUUUGCACUUCUCAAUCCCAUCCCUGCUUUUCUCCUCCCCACUUGUCCCACAUUUGCAGGGGGCCAUCUCCUCCCUGCUGUGGUAUUGCCUCUGCACUUCUUCCCCCUCAUCUCUCUGGUAGCUCCUGGUUUUAUUGAUGUUGUUUCAGUCCCAUAAACUCUUUGCAUUCCAGCUGUCAGAGAUAGAACAUGUACAGUUGCUUGCUGCUGUAAUCACAGACCAUUUCUUUGCAGACGUCUCAGCUUCUCUGAACUCUUCUAAACAGCUUUCAUUCUGCAGGAUUAGACUCUUCUCUGCUGAUUGUUUUGGAGACUGACCUCUUUAAUUCUCUCAUUCUCAUUUGUUUGCUCUUUUCAGAUAGUUUGGAGAAUUUAUCUACAAAGACGUUUGGUUGUGUUACUUCAUUGCUAUUUAUACUUUUUAAUGUUGCAGAAGGACCAAACCCAGUCCCUCUCUCAGUGAACUGCAGAGCCCAUAUUCUGUCCAGGCAUGCUGACAUGUCUGUGUGGUUUUCAGUGCAGGUGACCAACAGCUACAUCCAGGGGCCCACAGACACUCCCCUUCUUGACAAAACCAUGGGCCAGUGCCUGGAGGAGACGGUGGAGCGCUUUCCUGACCGCGAGGCCGUGGUCUUCUGCUGGGAUGGGGUUCGGAAGACGUUUGCUCAGCUCAAAGAGGAGGUGGACCAAGCAGCAGCUGGACUUCUGGCCCUUGGUCUGAGGAAGGGAGACCGGCUGGGAAUGUGGGGACCCAAUAAAUACGAGUGGGUUCUCAUGCAGUUUGCAACUGCCCAGGCAGGAAUCAUCCUGGUAUCUGUGAAUCCAGCCUACCAGGCCUCUGAGCUGGAGUUCGUGCUCAGGCAGGUUGGCUGUAAGGCACUGGUGUUUCCCACUCAAUUUAAAACACAGAAAUACUAUGAUAUUCUAAAGCAGUCAUGUCCUGAGCUAGAAAAAUCCAGUCCAGGGGGAAUAAAGAGCAAAAGGCUACCUGACUUAUCCAUUGUUAUCAUGUGCGACUCUAAGCUGCCUGGCACCUUCCACAUGCACGAAGUGAUGCAGGCUGGGGACAGCAGCCAUGUGAAGCAGCUCAGGGCUGUGCAGCAGUCCCUGUCCUGCAAUGAGCCCAUCAACAUCCAGUUCACUUCAGGGACAACGGGAAGUCCCAAAGGAGCCACCCUGUCCCACAGGAACAUUGUGAAUAAUGCCUACCUGGUUGGUCUGAGGCUGGGCAUCACAGACCAGGAGAGUCGCUGUGGGCUCCCUGCACCUCUCUACCACUGCCUGGCAUCAGUGGGAGGCUGCAUGGUGAUGGCUCUGCAUGGCACCUCCUGCAUCUUCCCAUCGCCCAGCUUCGAGGGCAAGGCUGCGCUGGAGGCCGUGUCUCGAGAGAAAUGCUCCUUCAUCCUUGGCACACCCACCAUGUACAUAGAUAUGCUCUCCCAGCCAGACUUUGACUCCUAUGACCUGUCAACUCUCCGGGGAGGAAUUAUUGCAGGUUCUCCUGUUCCCCCUGAGAUCAUGAAGACAAUUAUGACCAAGAUGCACAUGCCAGAGCUUGUGGUUGCCUAUGGGACCACAGAAAACAGCCCUGUCACCUUCAUGGGGUUCCCCAAUGACAGCAUCGACCGAAAAACGGAGACAGUGGGAUACAUCUUUCCCCACACAGAGGCAAAAAUUGAGGAUCCAGAAACAGGGAAAUCUGUGCCUCUGAACACUCCUGGGGAGCUUCAGAUCCGUGGCUACUGUGUCAUGCUGGGCUACUGGAAUGACCCUGCCAAGACAAGUGAAGUGAUCACUGCUGAGAGGUGGUACAAGACAGGGGACAUUGGGAGCCUGGAUGAGCAUGGCUACUGCAAAAUUGUAGGACGUUGCAAGGACAUGAUUAUUCGGGGAGGAGAGAACAUCUAUCCAGCAGAACUUGAGCAGUUCCUCCACACCCAUCCCAAGGUUGAGGAGGUCCAGGUGGUUGGUGUGAAGGAUUCGAGGAUGGGAGAAGAGAUCUGUGCCUGCAUCCGACUGCGGGCUGGGCAGGACUGCACCGAGGAAGAGAUUAAAGCUUUCUGCAAAGGGAAGAUCUCGCAUUUCAAGAUCCCGCAUUAUGUUGUGUUUGUGAGGCAGUACCCACUCACUGUCUCAGGCAAGAUUCAGAAAUACAUGUUGAGAGAGCAGAUGGAGAAGCACCUGCGGCUCUGAGAUUCGGAAGGCAGAGCAAAAUCCAGGAUAAAUCAGCCCCAUUUCAUUCAGCUCUGAGUCUGCUUUUCCCCUUUGCCUUGGGCUAAGCAGUGGAGACUUUCCUCCUGACAUCAGGCUGAUGGCACUUUUAGUCAAUAAAACAAAGCGCCUUUUUUCCCA